AGCGCUGAUGUGGCAGCGGCAGGAACGGGAGCAGCUCUGCCCGCGGGAUGAAUGGGCGCUCCCCGUGUGCCCCGGGGAGUCCCGGCGGCGGCGGGGCCGGGCCGUGACGUGGCAACUUCCGAGGUGAGUCCGGCUGCACCUUCACCGGAGAACCAGCCGCAGCUCGUCCUGCUCGCCCUGCCGGCAGCUUCCCAACCCCGCCGCCGGAGAUGAUGAUUCCCAGGCAGCAGGGACGCCCAGGUCACCCCGCUGAGCCAUGAACGCCUCAGUGCCCGGCAGCCAGCUGAGACAGCCCGAGCCCCAGGACGUGGCCGCCUUCACUCCCGUCUCCAUCGUCAAGAGCGUGACCAAGAAAUCGGACGCGCUGCCCGUGAUCUCGGUGAUCGUCGUCCUCUUUGUGCUGCUGGCCGUGUGCAUCGUGCUGGUGGUGCACUACGGCCCGCAGCUGCGCACGGUGCAGGUCACGCUGCACCACGAGCCCAUGGCCCAGCACAUGGACAGUGUGCUCCUCACGGACUGGAGGCGCCUGGAUGCCCACGGGAAGAUGGACUCGGCUGGAGUGACCUUCCACUGCUCCUGCAACCACCACCUUCCCCACGGGAGUGCUGAGCCCAAUGUCAUCGAGGUCACCUACCUGUGACAUGGCCCGGGGCCACCCGGGCGGGGCUCGAGGGACGCGUCCCACUGGAAAAGCUGGGAUGGGAUGUUCGUGUAUCCCGGGACUCGCUGCUGCCCAUACGCAGAGGCUGCACCUCCUCAAACCCGUGUCUGGCCUCAGGAAUGCUCAGCCAGGAGGCUCAAGACCCAUCUCCAGCCCCCAAAAGUCCAGCCCAGGGGUGCCACUGUCCCCAGGCAGGAGCUGGGUCCCAGCCUGGGCUCUGGGGCUGGCUCAGCCUACGUGGGGCAGCUUCAGCAUCUCUUCUGGUUUUACCUGCCCUGGUUUUACCUGUCCCACACUGCCUGGGAGUGGCCAGCAGGGCUGCCUGGGUUCUUGCCUCAUCUGGGGAGCUCUGGGGCUGUGCUCAGCUCCCUGGCAGUAGCUGGAAGUUGCAUCAUGUGGAAUUGUUUUCCAGUGAAAGGUGUUUCCACACUCACGGUGUCCUCGUUACACUGUUUAUAUGAGAGGCUUCCAGCUGCUCUUUGCCUCAUGCCACAGCCCCUUUUCCCACACUGGGGGGCUGGAACAUGGUCCUGCCUCUGCCAACCCCCCCAGUCUCUCGGGCAAACAGCCAGAGGAGAGGAGGGCAGAGGAAGCAGCUCCUGAUUCUGUGUUGGGUGGAGCCAGUGACAGGGGACAACGUGUCCUGUCCCCAGUGGAGGUGGGUGAGAGAAGAGCAGUGACACAGCAGAGGCAAGAGGUGAUAAUGGCACAUCACAGCUGGCUGAACAUCUGGAGGUGCUGGCACCAGAGGGGAAGCUCACGUGACUCUGGGCAGAGCCUGCAGCAUCUCAGUGCAAAGGGAUGGGGACACCUGAGGUCACCCUCGCUGUGAUCACCUUCACUGUGGUCAUCUGUCUGUCCCCAUCCCUGACUGCUGUCCCAAGGAAGGAGCUAUGGUGGGGUUGGCACUGUCACCCUCAGUGGGGUGAUGCUGAGGUGGCUCUGUCACCCUGGGGAGAACCUUGUUGAGGCGACACAGAGGGAUCAGGAGAGGUGAAACCUGAGCUCUGCAGGCUCCUGGGGGUGUCAGAGCACGGUUCCUGUUCAGCCCUGGGGUCUCUGCUGCUGGAAGCACCGGGAUCUCUGCAGUCCCAGUUUCUUCUCCCAUGGUGGUCGCAGGACCUCGGUGUCUGCAGUGCCUGGGGAGGGAGCAGCCUCUGAGAUCCCCCCGAGGAUUUAUUCAGGGACAGCCCCAAAGUCAGGAUACAGCUUCCACCUCUCCCACGCUGGAAAAGCAGGUCUGUGUCUGCCCUCAGAUCCCUGGCACAUCUCCCUGUGGGCACAGCUCGACAAGAGAUGAGUUUCAGCUGUUCCUCCAGGUGCUGGAGGCAUUCCCGAUGUGCCAGAUGUUCCAGGAUCCCUCCUCUCACUUAUUUCCAGCCCUUCUCUUGCUUUAAAGCUGGACUUUGGAAACUUUUUAUUUCUACAAAAAACAUAAUUUAUAUUACUUUUAGGGACGGUUGUUUUCUGUUUUGAAUUUGCUCCCAUUUGUUUUCCAGGGCUGACAGGGCUUCUGUCAGCUCUCCCACACUUGUGUUAGAGGAGAUAAGGGCUGUCAUUUCCAUUGAAAAUCGUGGAGUCCUGCGCCCCUUUCCAUGUCAAAAGAGGGCUUUGUUUGCAAUGUCUACAUCCCUAACAGCACCCCUGAGGAGAUAAUCACCUCUAGGGACUUCUCCUAAUUAAGAGAUCUUCCCUAGGAGGGUGCUGAGGCCCUGGCAUAGGGUGCCCAGGGAAGCUGUGGCUGCCCCUGGAUCCCUGGCAGUGUCCAAGGCCAGGCUGGACAGGGCUUGGAGCAGCCUGGGACAGUGGGAGGUGUCCCUGCCAUGGCAGGGGGUGACACUGGAUGGGAUUUAAGGUCCUUUCCAACUAAAACCAUUCCAUGAUCUCUUUAAAUAACAUCUGUGGGUUGUGGUCACCCCCACGAAGAGCUGGAGAAACCCCCUUGUGACCAUGACGAGAUCUGCACUGUGACACCCAGAGAGGCUGCACCCUCCUCUUGGGGACAUCAGCUGGUGUCACCUGCCCAGGCUGAGGCAGCAGAGUCGUCCCCAGCUUUGGUGGCUGUGUCAUUCCUGCUCAGGGAGCAGCUCCAUCCAGCACAAAGCCUUUAGUUAGAGGAACAGGAGCUUUCCUGGCAGCUCCCUCUGAAGGACACCCACAGCAGGGAAACGUCACGUUUAGAGAGAAAAGAUUAAAAACGUCUAAAUAUUAAUAAAGAGAAAGACAAAAUGGGUAAUUAUUGCUGGCACUUAUUGAUUUGCAGCCGCUGGGGACUCGUAAAGGUCUGAUUGAUGUCACACUGUGUCGGGGCUGGAUCCAUCACUUACCCUGUGCAGCACAGGGAGCCCACCCCGGGUUGCUGUUCAGGUGUUUUGGGUUGUCAAACUAAAAUCAAAUCAAAGUGGCAGUGGAAGGUGGUGCUGCUGGGUGCCCCCUGCCCCCACCCUGUCAGCAGCCUCUGCACUCUGGGAAGAUCCAGCUCUGAAGCCCCAGCCUUGGGGAGUUCUUCCAUGUGUUUCAUUUGCAAACGGAAAUUUAGAUACAAGCUUUUGGAGCACAGGAAAGAAAUUACUGUAAGACUUAGAAUAGCAAAUUGAAUCAUACAAGCGAGUGACAAUAUGCUGCCAGCUUUCUCCUCCAGAAGGACAUCAAGGGUUAGAUCUCGACUCAUUGCUUUCUCCCACACAAUAAAACAUCAUUUUUU